AUACGAGAAAGAAAUCGUAUUUUUUUACAUUAUAUAUUUACAACCGUGCAAUUAAACUGUAUAAUACCCGGGAUAUCAUGUAAAUCAAAAUGUUUAAGCAAACAUUUCACGUUAUUGAUUAGGAAAAAUAUCUUUAUUUCAAUUGAAAUAUUUGUAAUUAUUUCUACAGAACAUAAGAAUACACAUGACCCACUGUUUGCAAUUAGCUUCAGACAACGGACGUACAUCAAUCGCCUUUCCGGCAAUGGGAACGGGCUCAUUAGGUUAUCCAGCGGAACUCGUUGCUUCAGAAAUGUUCGGAUGUGUAGAGAGAUUUAAACUUGACCGCCCACAAACAACACUGAAAAUAAUCAAGUUCGUUAUUUACCACAAGGAUAUAGAACUCUUUCAGUAUUUCAAGAAAAUCGAAAUGUCAGGGAGAAGCUGCAGUCAAGUUAGAAUAGAAAUGGUUGGCACAGAAAAAAGUAUUAACAUGUUAAAAGAACGUUUGGAUGCAAAAGUUCAGGAAUUGCUGAAAUUGUCUGUCACAAAUCAGUCGGAUAUUUCCAAUGCAAGUUAUGUAAGUCAUAAGCAAAGAGAUGAAAAUAAACUUGCAUGUAGAGGCCUCGCACCCACAGAAAAGAAUUUUAGCAAGGGCAAUGCCCAUUGUUCUGCAUUGGAAAACCCGUCUGAAGAAAAUAAUGAGGUAGACGGGCGCAGGUCAUCAAAAGACUGUCUCAGGAAGCAAAGACAAAAGCAAAAAGAUGAAAAUAAGCUUGCUUGUAGUGGCCUUGCACCCACAGACAAGAAUUUUAGCAAAGACAAUGCCCAUUCUUCUGCAUUGAAAAAAACGUCUGAAGAAAAUAAUGAGGUAGACGGGCGCAGAUCGUCAAAAGACUGUCGCAGGAAUCAAAGACAAAAGCAAAAAGAUGAACAUAAACUUGCAUGUAGUGGCCUCGCACCCACAGAGAAGAAUUUUAGCAAAGACAAUACACAUUCUUCUGCAUUGAAAACGCCGUCGGAAGAAAAUAAGGAGGAAAACGGACGCAGAUCAUCAAAAGACUGUCACCGGAAUCAAAGAAUGUAUGAUAGAACAUUCUCAUGGACCACGGAUACUAAAUAUUUGAAAGUCUUCGAGGCAGAUCAAUGCAUGUUGCGAGUAUACAUGGGUGAUAUAUUAAAUGCUCCAGUUGAUUGUACGGUAAUUGCAAUAGAAGGGAAUCAACAACAUGACGUUGAUAAUAUCUCAGCCACUGACGUACAAGUGGUGAAAGAGGCAUGCUUUUUGAAUCGAAAAACGGAACAAACUGGUGCUUGCGUCAUACAAGCUGUUUUCCCAAGGUGGAUCAACUAUAAACCUAUGACAAGAUCGAACUUCACAAAAUGUGCUGAUGAUCUAAGGAAGACAACGCUCAAUUGCUUACAACUAGCCGAAAAUGAGAAUUGCACUAGUAUUGCAUUUCCAUCUUUAAAUUCAGGAAAGUUUGAUGUUCCUCAAGAGGUUUGUGCUGUUCAGUAUGCAGAGGCUGUAAAGAUGUUCACAAGGGAAAGAAGAAGCAAAAACGUAAAGGAAAUUCAUUUUAUUGACCAGAAUCGAAACAUGGUUGAGAUAAUUCAAAAGACUUUUCAGGACGUAAUUCAUGAUGGAAAGCAUUCGCCUUAUAACAUGAAUUUAUAUAUUGAAAGAUCUUCUGUGGACAAAAGUGGUGGUGCAUCAGUAACAGACAAUGAUAAGAAAUCGGCAACAAGAAAUACAGUUUGGAAAACGUCGAAAUAUAUUUCGUCCCAGCAGAACUUGCCAAAGAAAACGUUCGCUGAAUAUGACGAACAAGCCUCAUACAUUCAAGAUAGUAAAAAAUUAAAAUGCUUCUUUCCACCUGGAAAUGUGGUUGAAGUAUAUGAUGCAGACAUAUUGAGUAUAUCUGAUGUUGAAGCAAUAGUUUGUAGCGAAAAUAAACAAGGGGAAGCAAAAGGUAUGAUUGCUCAAGCAUUGUUAAAAGUAGGGGGAGAUCUUUACAGUUAUGCAAAGAUAAAAAAGUUUUCCAAGUUAAAAAUCAACUAUGGCGAUAUAAUUACGACACAAGGCGGAAAAUGUGGAUUUCAGUGGGUAAUGCACGCCAUUAUUACCAGAAAAUGCCAACCAAAUUUUGUUUCGAUCGUUUACAGGAAUGUUUUACUAGAAACAAAGAGGAAAAAUAUCUCUUCAUUGGCGUUACCAAUAUUGGGAACAGGUUGUGACGAUAUGGACGCAAUAGACAGCGCAAGGUUGUUGCUCUCUGAGUUGAUUAAGUUUUUCAACGAUAGUAAAAAUCUCCAUGUCCAUUUAUUUCUAAACGAUAAAGAUAUAGCGAGCUCAGUUAUAGAUGUUUUCAAAACACAUAUAACCAAAAUAAAACAGUCUCAUAAAAGUGAAGUUGAACCACGAACUGGACAUGUUUCUGUAGGUAUGGUGCAUGAGAGUCAUUCUUACGAGAACGAAACAGGAGACAUAAAAGAUGACGUGAAAACGAAAUCUGAUUCCUCUACAGUUGGUGUUCGGUUACCCAGAUGGUACUUACCCUCGAAGAGUACGUGAGAACUAGAAGUGAAAGGUGUCACCAUGGCGGAUAUUGACAAGAACUUCACAAAGAAGCUUGAUAAAGAUAAUUUUAGACAGAUCAUAAAAUAGAGGAGUGACAAUGGAAAUGUUGAAUGGAUCUUGUGUUUUUGUAGACUAUUUUGGAUCCAUUGAAGCAAAAGCAUUUAACAAUAAAUUGAAUUUUAAAUCAUAUUCGUGUUUGAAGCUGUUGGCAUGCAGUCACUUGAAAAUGUAUUACAUAAUCACAUUUGUACAUAUUUAUAGCUAUCAGACUAUAUAGUAACUUUGUGGCAAAGAAAUUGGACUAUAAUGG